CCUGAGUAGCUCCCAAAAGACUGUUACCCAUUUUCUACAACUGAAGAUAUGAUCGCCUUUAUUUAUUUCUUUGUUUUGCUGUGGGAUGAAGCUCAGGGCUGGGGAUUCAAGGAUGGAAUCUUUCAUAACUCCAUUUGGCUUGAACAAGCAGCAGGAGUCUAUCACAGAGAAGCACGUGCUGGCAAAUAUCAGCUUACUUAUGCAGAAGCAAAGGCAGUAUGUGAAUAUGAAGGUGGACACCUUGCCACCUAUAAACAACUGGAGGCAGCCAGAAAAAUCGGAUUCCAUGUGUGUGCUGCAGGAUGGAUGGCUAAGGGAAGAGUUGGUUAUCCCAUUGUGAAGCCAGGGCCCAACUGUGGAUUUGGAAAAACUGGUAUUAUUGAUUAUGGAUUCCGUCUCAACAGAAGCGAAAGAUGGGAUGCUUACUGCUACAACCCUCACGCAAAAGAGUGUGGAGGUGUCUUCACAGACCCAAAAAGAAUCAUUAAAUCUCCAGGAUACCCAAGGGAAUAUGAAGAUAACCAAAUCUGCUACUGGCAUAUUCGAUUAAAGUAUGGUCAACGUAUUCAUCUGAGUUUUCUGAAUUUCAAUCUUGAAGAUGACAUAGCUUGCCUUGCUGACUACUUAGAAAUAUAUGACAGCUAUGAUGAUAUUCAUGGCUUUGUAGGAAGAUACUGUGGAGAUGAGCUACCAGAAGAUAUUAUUAGUACAGGAAAUGUCAUGACCUUGAAGUUUUUAUCUGAUGCUUCAGUGACAGCAGGAGGUUUUCAACUCAAGUAUGUUGCAGUGGAUCCCACAUCCAAAACUGGUGAAGGAAAAAAUGCCAGCACAAGUUCUCAUGGAAAUAAACACGUUUUAGCUGGAAGAUUCAGCCAUUUGUAAACCAACACUGCAUCACCAAAAACAAUAAUAUUUGGUGAUUGCAUUUUUUUUUACAACUCUCUUUAUAUCUUACUUUUAAAGUCACUGCUGCCAUUCAGAGGGACAGGGGCCAAACACCUUGUUAAUGCUAACCUUUGCACUACUUUGGUGAACAGUGAACUUAGUGGAUGAAGAUUAAAAUCCAACUAACACAAUAAAAGUGAGAAGAAGCAUUAAAGAGAAGAUGACUUUAUCUUUCUGAACCCAAUGAAAUCAAGAAAUUUCCUGGAGUGACCAUUAAUUAACAUCCAUUAACUUUUCUUCCUGUUUUUCUUCUCCCUUUCACAUAUAAAUGUGAGCUAUCAUGAUUAGUAUUACAUGUUACUUAGACCCAACACUUUGUAAUUUUUUCAUCCACUUUGUAUCUGCCCCCUUAUAUUCUGACUUAUGGCUCUUUUUUUUUUCAAUUACAACUAUGUGAUUUUACAACUUCAAAGUUCCCAUACCUUGGAGUCUUAGGAAUCUUAACUAAUGUCAAAGAAGUUUAAUUAUCAAAU